UUACAAAUCGAUUUCAUAAGGUUUGGUAGUGUUUUACGGUGUUUGUUGUCGCUCGGUUGGUCGGUCGGUCGGCGGCAGUGGUUCUUCAUACACACAGAGCCCCCAAAACAAAACAAAAGAAAAAAUUGUAAAAACAAACCAAAACACACACGUCGUCAUAUAGAACACAUAGCAAAAAAAUUAAAAAAAAAACAUUUCGUAGCGCGAAAUAAACAAAUAGCAGUGCAAAAAAGAAACGGAAAAAGAUUUUCAAAUUAUUGCAAUUGAAUUGUGGCUUUGAUGAGGCCAUGAUAAUGAUACGAUGAGGUAGUGCGGUCGGUGUUUAGGAAUUUCAAAAUAAACAAAAACAACAAAAAUUCGCACGCGACUAUCUCGUGAAAAACAAAGCCAAGGCAGUCAAAAACAACAAAUAAAUUAAAAAUAAAAACAUUUAUCAGUUCUAAGUUAAAAAUAUAGUGUUCAUUAAAUUCUUAAAAUUAGGGAAAAACCCAAAAGAUUUUAUAAAGAAUUUUCUACGUCAUUUAUGACGUUGGCAAAUACAAACAGAGAUAAUAAAAAAAAAUCUAAAUGUGUGUGUGUGUAUUGGUUAAUUUUCAAUUGUUUAAACAUUUUAUGCAAAAAUUCUUGAUUUACAACCAGUGAUUCAUAAUUUUGAAUAACUUUUUUAUCAUAUGCUGUUAUAGAAAACUUACCAUAUGUACUAAAAAACCUAAAAAAAUAUUCUAAAAGAAUAUUAAAACAAAAAAAAUAAAAAAAUUGUUUUUGUGCUUCUUUUUAAUAAUAAAAAAUAAUUCUUUAAACAAUGUUUUCCUGUGUUUUAAUCUACCAGCACAUUUUAUUUGCAUAAAUAAAAUUAAUGCAGCUAUAAUGGACAAUUGGAAUUCAAUAUGAUCAGUGUACAACUUCAACGACCUUAUCAAAAGUAAUUAAUAAUUUUGGAAUUUUGGAGUGCCAUUCAGCAUGAUGUCCACAAGCAAAACUUGAGCGCCAAGAGUUUUUGCAGAGUCAACCAUAAAACACUAGCAAAAAAAUUUCCAAAUGAGAAAUUUUGCCAAUUUCAAAAGUAAAAAGACAUUUCCGCAACUGCAAAAUAGUCACUAUGCUGCAUAUAUCGAUAGGUGUAAUAAAAAUAUCACAAAACGAUUGCAGCAUAUAUCUUGAAAACAUUCCUUGAUAGACAAAAAAAAAAACAUAAAAAAAUCCUUGGAGGCAGAGGACUAAGAAAUUUCUCAAGUCAUAAAAACAGCAAAGACUAGGAUUCCAUAAGAAGAAGAAGAGAAAAACAAACCAAUUAUAAAUUGAGUAAGCAGAAGAAAACAUCAUAUCAUCACAUAUCGUCCGGAAGAAAAAGGUCCUUACCACUGGGGAAGCAGCAACAUAAACCUAAGAGCCUAACUCAAGCCUACUUCAACUUUCCCACAGCUUUUACGGUCUCAAUACUCUCUACUCUCAUCAUAAUCACUUUGAUACUCCCCACCCUUCUUUCCUACUUAAACAAAAAUCUCUCUAGGACUCUCUAAUGAAUUUCAAUCCUGCAGCAUUGCGCAACAGCCUGAUGCAUGCCAAAAUCAUGGAAUGGACCAAUGAUGAUGCUCUCGAGCUUAUCGAACAAUAUCGAUCACAUACGGAAUUGUGGAAUCGUGCCGAUCCCAAGUACAAAGACAAACUGUGCCGUUUUCGUGCAUGGUCAGAAAUCGCUGAACGUUUUGGCUGCAGCAAGGCUGAAGUCGAGCGCAAAAUGAAUGUCCUGCUUACCCAGUAUCGAAGAGAGAAACAUAAAAUGUUGGUGAAACUGUAUCAAGGUAUACAGCCCAAUCCCUCCAAAUGGUAUGCCUUUAAACGUUUCGAUUUUAUGGAGGCCGGGGGUGGUAGUGCGAGUGCAAUGGCUGGCAUAGCUGGUGGGGGAGUGGGCUCGGGGGGUGGCGGAGGAGGUGGAGGGGUAGGAGUAAGUGGCCUCAAUGGAGCCUCGGGCUCAAACAAUGCUAGUCUAAACAACAAUGGCAGCAGCACCAGUAGCAGUGGCAUCACAACAAAUGGUCAUCAUCAUCAUCAUCACCCGCAUCAUCAUCAACAUGCAGCGGCGGCAGUUGCUGCAGCGGCUGCUCUCAAUGGUUUAACGGCGUCAGGCUAUGAAACAGCUUCGGCGGCCUCUACAACACCCACGUUAUCGCAACACCGUCGCAUGAGAAGUAAAGAAAUGAAAUAUUUCGGUGCGAUGGGCUUAAAUCUGCCAAUGCUGCUUGCCAAUCAUCCGCCUUUGGAGUCUUGGCAUCCCUCUGGUCCAUUUUCCCCGCCCCAAGUGAAUGAUCGCAGUCAUCAACAAAUGCAUGUUGCCUUGCCCAUGCCCUUCUCCACCCCCACUCAUGGUGAUCUUAAUAACACUGCCAAAGGCAGUUUGGGUGGUGGAAGUGUUAGCGGUGGUGGUGGUAGUGGUACAGUUGUCAGUGGUGGUCCCCACAGCAUUUUCGGCGGCAGCAGUAAUAGUGAUUUUGCCAACAGUCCCCAAAAGCCCAUGGAUACCACGGACAUUGAUAAUGACAAGGAAUUGGAGAGUAAAUGUGAACGUACAGCAUCCACACCGUCCAAUGUGCAUGAAACCUCGAUAGCAUCGAAUGAUGGUCGUUUAAGUUCCGGCCCCAAUGGUACCCCCAGCGCAGCCAGUGAUGGCGGUGGCGGAGGAGGAGGCGGGGCAAGUGGUGGUGCUGGCACUAGCAGUUCAGGCGGUGGAAGUGGUGGUUCAAUUGGUGGUGGUCGUCUUAGCGCUGGCGCCUCCGGUACUGAUGCCGGUUCUAGUCCUAUACCAAAUACAAAUACCUUUGAAGCUCAUAAACAAAGACACCUAAUACCGGGAGGAGCAUUAGCGGGCGCGCCCCGAGAUCAUGAUGAUCUCGAUAUUAAACAAGAACUUUUGGAGAAUUAUUUUCAUGCGCCACAUCCGCCACCGCCUCCCGACUCGCAUCGUUCCUACAGCUCCAACGAGGAUCGGCCUGGGGGCGAGGGACCCGAUGAUUUUGCUCAAGAUUUGCGUGUGAGUGCAGCAGCUGCAGCGGCCGCCAAAGGCCUGGAUUUUAGCCGUUUUGUCCUGCCACCUAGUCUCAGACGUUCCACCGACUCCAUAGAUGAGAAAUUUUCCCCGCUCAAUAUGCGCAAGCUGACAGCGAGCAGUGCCUCGAGUAGUGCCGCCGGCCAAAUGCUCAUGAAUUCCCUGCUCUCCAACGAAAGCAUGUCGGAGGACAACAAUACGUCAGUAAGUGAGCGCCUCAAGCCUUCCGGCAGUGUUGUUGGCAAUCCCAAUGGCUUGGGCAAUUCCCAGGAUGCUAGCUCAUCAGCGGCAGCUGCAGCAGCGGCAGCUGCCAUCUAUGCCGAAAGUCUGAAUAAAGAUGACUGCGAUUUUAUAGGUUCUAAUGUUAGCGUUAAACUGCGUUCCAUGGAUCGCACACAACGUAUUAUAGCUGAAAAACUAAUCAGCGAGGUACUCUACUACGGUCAGUUCAAUGAGCUGGAGCGCAGCGCUCGAAUACAGCCCAAGUGACACAUCCUAACGAAAUUUUUAAGUUCGCGUUUCAUGAAUUAGUUCAAAGUGUUCGUCAUACGACAUGCAUACCACAAGAAAGAGAGGAAAAAAGAGAGCAACUACAGCUUAGUAGAAGGGAAAGAACGGUUAAGGUAGUACUAACAUACUAUUCCCAUAGACAAAUUCAAGCAUAGACGUUUAGGAUGCAAUCAAAAAAACAAAAACAAAAACUUCAACAGAGGGCAGCAAACUCAGAAGCCAGUUAAACAGGCGCCAUCUACAUUAAACUUUGGUCUAAUUGUAUAUGUGCUGAUUUGAGAAGUCUCUGCCCUGUUUUGUCUAUGAUUUUUUUACGAAGUUGUUUUGGUUAACGUUUGCUUAAUUGAUACCAAUUCCAAGUGUGUUCACGUAAUCAAAAAUUUUACAAAUUGUAAAACAAAUUUUAUUUAAAAUUA